AUGGUGGAAGAGAUCACCUUUCAGAAUGUGCGCUGCGUCGGUCAGGCUGGACGCGGCGCAUUCCGCCUCGACGAGCGGCAACUGGGCUGGAAGCGCGUCUCGGGACAGGGACAGGACUCUCAAAAGCAGCCGAUGCAGUGGGCCGGCUCGGGCCUGACGCAGGCCGAGUGGUCGGCAACGGCGGGCGGAGGACAUGGUAUCCUGAAGCUGCACUUCGGAGCAGACAUCGUCCGCUUCGCAGACCUGGAGCCCAGCUCUUUUCAGAAGCUCAAGGAACAUCUGAAGGAGUGCUUCAAGGUUCAGCUUGAGGAGCAGAAGCCAUCCUCGGUGGGUUGGUCUUGGGGCGAGCUCGAGCUCAAUGGGGAGAAGUCCCUGCGCUUGAUGAGUGGCCUCGACAACGACAGGGCCGUUGCCUUGGAGGUUGACAUGGCAGAGGUCAACCAGGUGGCCUGUGCAGGCAAAAACGAGCUGAGCCUGGAGCUCCAGAAUCGACCAGACGAG